UUUUACAACCGGCAAUACCUUGGACGUCGCGCACCUAAAUUCUUGCUAAAAGCAGUUUCUGCGAAAUUUACGGUUUAACAGUGAAAACAAUAAAAAUUUGAGCACGCGCGCACUGUCGUUGUUAAGGUGUCCGUAAACGGUCAAGCGGUGAUUAAAUGCGACGGCGUUGUUUGCCUACAAAGUGCACUUAAUUAAGGCGAAAUCAAAACAAACUUUAAAGGCGCUUGUGUUACUCAGUCUUCCGACGAAUCCGUCCAUGUGUGUGAUGUUGCAAGUAACGCUAUUGGUGUUGUUGCUGUUGCUUUGUGCAAUUGUUUGGUGGCAACGCAAUGCUUGGUUGCUCGUGUGGCGCCUCAAUGGUUGGCGUGGCUUGGUGCAGCAGCCAUACUUAUGGUUCAUCCUGGUCUUUUAUCUGGAGCCAAAGAAACUCCUACAAGUCGUCUCCCACAUACGCCCCUAUUUUCGUCGUCCUCUGGGCAUUGUUUUUGGCAAUAAAAGUGUUAUCUAUGUUGAUGAUCCCGAAACUAUGGAACAGUUCUUUAAUGCGCCCGAAUGCAUUGAUAAGUCGUUUUUCCAAGACGGUUUUUGCUUGAAACGUGGACUUUUACAUGCGAAGGGCGCCGCAUGGAAAUCUCGACGUCGCCAGUUGGAUCCAGCUUUCGGUUCUAAGGUUUUAUUAAGCUUUAUCGACACUUUUAACACCGUAGGCAAUCAAUUGGUGCAUAAAUUUGAAACUGAACUCCUAGGCGAUAAUAUUGAAUUUGAAACGCUUGAUGAAAUGUUUAGCAGAGCAGUGCUCGAGGUUUCAUGUCAGACCACAAUGGGCACGGAGACCAAUUUCACGGCUGCCGAUACACAGGGCAUUGCAAAGACCUAUAGUGAGCUCAUGGGCAUAUCAGCGCUAAGGGGUACAAAACCCUGGUUGCAGGUUGAUUUCCUCUUUCGCUGGCUUGAUGCCAAAAACUAUAAACGUUCUCAGGAACUCAUCAAACACUUGGAAGAUUUCGUAAGAGUUAUAGUGGAAAAGAAGCACGCUGAGUGGAGGGCGAGCGGAGAAUGCCAUAUUUCGAACAUUGGCACCGAUAGUGUGGGCGCAAAUGCUGACGGUACCGAAGAUGUAAGAAACAUUCGUAAUAUAUCUGCAGAGAACACAACGCGAAAACGUAUUUUCAUUGAGCAAAUAUUUCAUAUGGUGGAUAAUGGUGAAUUGCGCAUGGAGGAUGUUAUGGACGAGGCGCUAUCUAUGCUGAUGGUGUCAUUCGAGACGAUUUCCACCAGCGUUCUAGUCAUCAUGCUUCUUUUGGCUAUACAUAAGGAUCACCAGCGUAAAUUACGCGAGGAAAUCGCCGCCACCUUUACCCAAACGGAACAGAUCACCUAUAUCGAUCCGGUGCCGUUACUGCAAAUGAAAUACCUCGAUUCUUUGGUUUAUGAAUCAUUGCGUCUACUAACCACCGUGCCAUUUAAUAUGCGCUCGGUGAGCCGAGACUUCUUUAUACAAGUCCCGUCGCCCAGUGGAUCGAAGUGGCGCGCCAAAAUACCUAAAGAUACCGCAAUCGUCUUUGAUGCGUUCAAUAUGCAACGAGAUCCAAAGAAUUGGGGCCCGCAUGCACAGGAAUUCUACCCGGAACAUUUCGCCACAGGCAGCACUUGCGCGGCGGGUCGACACCCAUACGCUUUUGUGCCAUUUGCCAAAGGACUGCGUUAUUGCAUCGGAAAUCGCUACUCUAUGUAUUUGGCGAAAAUCUUUAUAGUGAAGCUGAUUCAUAAUUUUGAAUUCAGCACCUCAACGAAAUUGGAAGAUUUGCAUUUCGUCAAUGGCAUUUCGUUGAAGUUUGGCAAUAGCGAAAUCAUAAACUUCAAUAUAAAAAAGAUUGAGCGUACUGGUGUCUAAUUUAUCUAACGACUGAUAAAUUGAAAGAACUGAAAACUUAACUCAUUACGGACAUAGCUUCGUAGCUUCUAAACGUGGUAUAUAUAGUUUUGGAGAGUGCUGAAUGUUCUUAACGGGAUAUAAACCUUGUUCCAUUUAGUUUU